GCCUCCGGAGCCCCGACGCCCCGAGCGGCCGUCGAGGGAGGCGGAGACAGCCGCGCUCAGCCCCGGCCGGCCGCUCAGCCAGGCACCCAGCCACGGAGGAGCAGGAGGGCCGCAGCCGGGAUGGGCAGGCCGCAGUAGCGCCCUCAGGGGCCGGCGCCAUGGGCUCAGAGCCGCAAGCCGGAGGAGGAGGAGGCCGAGGUGGCGGCGGGAGCGGCUGCGGCUCCUGCGGCGGGGCCCGGAGGGGCGUGGGGCGGGCGCUGUCGGGCUUCUUCGCGCUCUCGCUGGCGCUGCACCUCCUCACGCUCGGCUGCUAUCUUGAGCUGCGCUCCGAGCUGCGCCGCCGGGAGGCAGAGGCCGCCUGGCCGCCAAGGCAGAGCAGCGCCGCGCGGACCGCAGACGACGAGGACGGGGGGGCGGCGGGCGAGGUCUCCGGUCCCGGCCGGCCCAAGCACCGCUUCGCCCAAGAGUCCGGCAGGCAGCGGCAGCAGCAGCAGCAGGUGGCAUUGCUGAAGUUCUUCUCCCCUGAAGAAAGGCCUUUUUUCGGGGAAGGAAGCCGCCGUGUCCGGAGGAAUAAGCGGAGCAAGAACAGCGAAGGAUCAGAGGGUGCAAGCCCACCAAAAAAGAAAAAAGGCAAAAAACAUGGCCCCCCAGGACCGCCUGGCCCACAUGGGCCUCCUGGCCCCCCCGGAAUCCCUGGGAUCCCUGGGAUUCCUGGCACCGCCGUGAUGGGACCUCCCGGCCCUCCAGGACCUCCUGGCCCCCAAGGCCCCCCUGGCCUGCAAGGCCCCACUGGUGCCAUGGAUAAAGCAGGACCUAGAGAUGUACAGCCGGCUGUUGUUCACCUUCAAGGGCAGGGAUCAGCGAUUCAAGUCAAGAAUGAUCUUUCAGGGGGAGUCCUCAACGACUGGUCCCGCCUCGCCCUGAACCCCCGUGUCUUCAAGCUGCAUGCCCGUAGCGGGGAGCUGGAGGUGCUGGUGGACGGCACCUACUUCGUCUAUAGUCAGGUAGAAGUAUAUUACAUCAACUUCACGGACUUUGCCAGCUACGAGGUGGUGGUGGACGAGAGGCCCUUCCUGCAGUGCACGCGGAGCCUCGAGACGGGCAAGACCAACUUCAACACCUGCUACACAGCCGGGGUUUGCCUCCUGAAAGCCCGGCAGAAAAUCGCCGUGAAGAUGGUCCAUGCAGACAUCUCCAUCAACAUGAGCAAGCACACCACCUUCUUUGGGGCCAUACGGCUGGGAGAUGCUCCAGCAUCCUAGAGGGGACUUGGACAGGGAGAACGGACAAGGGAUAUUUAUUCAUUGGUGCGGCAGCAGGAAGGAAGGGCAUAAAAAGGGGGUCCCCUCUGGGUUUUGCAUUAGGGAAAA